UCAUGGCUACAUCAAGCAUUCUCACUCCACUCAAAGAGCUCAAAGUCGCCAAACAUCAAAUCCAGGCACAUGGCUUGACACCAAACACAUCAAUCCAGAACAAACCUUUGUUACUGUACAGAAAUGCAUUCAAGGCAAACACCAGUGCAAGUCAGAUCGAAGAACAUCUGAGCAAAGUAGGCGUAGUGGACCCAGCAUGGAGGUAUACUAUGUACUCGACAUCCCACUUCCACAGCACCUCUCACGAAGUCCUCGCCAUCUGCAACGGAGAAGCCAAACUAUGCUUUGGCCACGAAGACAAUCCGGACCGUGUAGAGGAGACCUUGAAGCAAGGAGAUGUGGUUGUUGUGCCCGCAGGAGUUGCUCACAGAUUGUUAGAAGAUGUUCAAGGAGGGUUUGAGAUGGUGGGAUCAUAUCCUAAAGGAUUGAGUUGGGAUAUGUGUUAUGGAAAGAAAGGGGAAGAAAGCAAGAUCAAGGGGAUUGAGAGAUUGGGGUGGUUUGAAAAGGAUCCGGUGUAUGGAGAGGGAGGCCCUGCUACGGAGGUU